AUGGCGACAACUUCUCCUGAUAUCCGAGCGGCGGCUGAUGUGGCUUGCACGGCAUUCGAAGACACUGUGACAGAAGAAGUGCCACGAAUGUCUCAGCUAGCCGAUGACAGCUCCGCCGUGCUUUUCUUUGAUGGUGGGUCUCGUGGCAAUCCCGGCCCGGGUGGUGCGGGCGCUAUUAUAAUUACGAAUGCCGGGUCUUUAGAAUCGGCCGGGGUGCGCUGGAUGUGCAGCGUAUCCCUCGCAGCAAGCACUACAACACACAAUGCAGCAGCAUACAAAGCUCUCCCUUUGGGCUUCGCAAGGCGUUGGGGUACCAUCUACAACGCCUACACGUCGUUUGGGACGGCAAUGUCGAUCGGUGGGGGACCGGCUGGGCGUGGCCACGUGGACUCAUCACCUUCGACAUUUAAAAAGAUGGCGAACGCCAUGGCAAAGAUCGCGAUGGAUUCAGGACGCAGCAUACAGGUUCUCGGUCCUGAAGUGGCACUGUUGCCGUCCGAAUGGGCGGUCGUUACGACCUACUUACGUAGCGACCUGGUGCACUGGCAUGACACGCUAUGGGAUACGGCUAGACAAGCCAACAGACAGAGGGACGACCCUCGGUAA